AUGGCGACAAAGGAAGUGUCCAGUUUUAAACCUGAAGCCUCAAACUUUAGCAGUGUCUUCUUCAAGACCAAUGACGCUAAUCUCGCCCACAUAGUUUCUUCAGGUGCGAAUUCGAAUGAGAUAAUAGGAAUCCAGAAUUUUCGUUUCCAACAACUAAGCCUUAGUUUUCGCCGGGAGUCCCGAGGAGUAGUGGCAUGUUCGAGAAGAUUCAAAAGCUCGAGGAUCGCGCGGGCAGGCUUUAGGAUGAGAUCGAGAAAGUCGACGCCUUCAAAUGAGAGCCAGAUCUGUGCUUUCUUCUACUUUGCGAUGGUUAGAUCCUUGCACUUUUACCAUUUAUGUUGUAAUUUUUGCAUCGUGUGGUUUGUUUUGCCGUAG